GGCAGGUAAUGUCCGACAGAGCCGUCUCCAAGUGGGAAAGAAUAAUACAUAACAAAGCGCGUACAAAUUCGGUGCCGAAAUACUACAGAUAAUCGAUGCGGAUAAGGAUACUCUCGGUGUAAGAUAGUAGCCGUCGUGUUAAUUCAUCGCCGCUCGUUGGUGGCCGUGUUCUGCAUUCAAUUAACAGUUCGCAGUGGUAACUUGCUGCUGGUGCUGCGAUUUUAGCAAUCGGAGCAGGCUGACUGACCGUUCGAUAGACCCGCAAUCGUUCCCAGAGCACCAAAAUAGCAUCGAACCAGUUUCGAAUGCUACUGCCUACGGUCACAGCGCGCGUUAUCAGUUCUUCGUCGAGCAUUCGCUGCGCCCUGGCUUCAGGACGGUCUGGAUUGAAUUAUCGUCAUUAAACAACGAAUGAUUCCGUCUGUGUGUAAUGAGCAGUAGAGUCACAACGGAAGGGAAGCGAAUCAUCGGCGGUACCAUCGCACAACGUUAAAACCCGUAGUGACACCGCGAACAAUCUUCCUCAUCAGUGCUUUAUCAAUUGCGCCCGAUCCUGUACAUAGAGCAUAAUCGGACGUGUGUGUCACGUGUUAAAAGUUCGGAAGAAACGCAAAACCCAACAAACGAAAAGGGCCGAAAAGCAGCGUUCAUGAUUGACCACCAUCGCCACGAUUGACCUAACCAGCCUGUCUUUGUCGGUCGCAAUUGCAUACCCGCAAUACACGCUGCAGCAUUCUGUGUACCGUAUCCUAACAUCGCAGCCACCUUGGAUUGGUCGUGUACCAAUUGAAUAGAGUAGUAAGUUUUGGAAGUUGUGAAGCAGCCUCCCAACCCGCAAGAUGGGACAGUCACUGUCGGAACCGGAAACCUCCAAACAGUCGGCCUUUUGCCAGAAUGAUUACUACAAGGUAGGGUCCAGCUGCAUGCAGGGCUGGCGAAUGCACAUGGAAGACUCGCACACGCACAUACUCUCGCUGCCGGACGACCCCGGGACGUCUUUCUUUGCCGUGUACGAUGGGCACGGAGGUGCGAAGGUGGCCGAAUACGCGGGCAAACAUCUCCACAAGUACAUUACCCGCCGGCCCGAGUAUGCCGAGGACGUGAAGCACGCGCUUCAGCACGGGUUUCUCGAUCUGGACGAAGCGAUGCUGAACAAUGAAGCGCUGCGAGAGCAUAUGGCCGGUUCGACGGCAGUCGUGGUGCUCAUCAAGGACAAUCGCCUGUACUGUGCAAACGCGGGCGAUUCCCGUGCGAUCGCGUGCGUCGACGGGCGGCUGGACGUGCUGUCGUUUGACCACAAACCGACCAACGAAAAGGAAAGGGAACGGAUAAGCAGCGCGGGCGGCUAUGUGGAGUACAACCGGGUCAACGGUUAUUUGGCGCUAUCGCGUGCGCUGGGUGAUUUCGGGCUGAAGCGCAACGCACAAAUGUUGCCGACCGAGCAGAUGGUGACCGCGUAUCCGGACGUGGAGGAGCGCGAGGUGUCGGAAAGCUGGGACUUUCUCGUGAUCGCAUGCGACGGCAUCUGGGAUGUGCUGUCGAGCCAGGCCGUGAUGGAGUUUGUGCAGGAGGAAAUCGGCCAAGGCAUCUAUCCGCAGCAAAUUUGUGAAAAUUUGAUGAUGCGCUGCCUGGCACCGGACUGCCAGAUGGGUGGUAUCGGGGGCGACAACAUGACGGUCAUCGUCGUGUGCUUUCUGCACGGGCAACCGUACGAGGAGCUGGUUCAGCGUUGCAAGGAAGCGGUCGCUAAACGGCAAGCAAGUACCAAAAAACGGCGCAGCCACUCGAACCGUUCGCACGAAAGCGAGCCGGAAAGUUCGCACACACCACCCGCAUCGGAUCGAGCCGGUAAGGCGGGCGGGAACGGGCGCUUGGAGGACGAAUCGUCGGGCAGCGAAAGUGAACGGUCGGAGGAGCUGGCUGCACCGUUGCUGGCCCCGAACGCUAACGGAAAGGAGGGGGUAGUGGAAAGUACAACGGCAGAACCAGAAGCAGCGGAAAAAGCAUCCUCCUCCUCUACGGAACAUACGGUAACGAGCUCGGUGGAGGUAAAGCAGAAGCAGAAGGAGUCCGCACCUGCCAGUAACAAUGAGAGUGUGGAUGAGAGCAGUGAGGAGAUUGAUCUAAAAUAGAGACUUUUACCGGCUGUAACACGAUUGAACGACGCUUCAGAUUCAGUUAAUCCCCAUUUACGAUCCGUGUAGUAGAUCCGCGAGUGCCGUUGGGAUGUGUACAUUUUCUUUCCUGUUUUGUUUUAUCCCUGUUAUACAGUGCGUAGCAUAACUAUGAUAAUAAUCUUUACAAUACUUGUAGGGCUGUUGGACGAAUGGAUUCUAGCUUACCGUUGUUGUACCAUAGCUGCUGGAAUACCACGUGCUGAGACGAUUUAAAUAUAUCUUCGUUUUUACUAUGCGAUGUUGGGCCUUGCGUUGCGUUGUGGGACUCGUCCAUACGCUUGACCCUCCGGUAAUCCCACAGCAGUAAAUUUGUAGUCCAUUAAACGUUUGAAUUAAGAUUAGUAAGGCGUUUGUUUUCUCUCGUAUGAUGGUUACACGCACGCACUGUAUUAUAAGGCUUCGUUGUUCGUUUCGGUGGUUAGUUUUCACUUUCUAGACAAUUCCGUUUACGUCCUUUUUGGUGGAUAGGCAAAUUGGUAGCGAUAUUAAGAGUGCAACGGCACGACGAGAAAGAAAGUACAUUACGCUUAUAAUAUAUCAAGUAAUGGAAAACAAAAAGCAGACAGAUAUUAAGCCUCGUUCAUUUCAACCGUGCGGGUAGCAACGGACUUGACGAUUUUUGAUAUCGCCAUUUUGCUAACAAACAAAAAAUCAAACAUGUCCGUCAACGCUCUACCAAAGCUGUGGUGGCGCUUGCAUGGUACAGAAACAAAGGUAGCUUAUACAUACUAUCUCUAAAUAUAUAUAUAUAUAUAUAUUAGCGUAGUCCCAUAUUCGUAACUCUGAAACGCUUUUCUAGUAGAAACGUGCUACCGGACAACACAACAAACAAAUCAUCCCGGAACUCAUUAAUCUUGCCUGUUUUUUUUUUACAUUCAAUGAGCCAGGUUCCGUCUAUGUAGACCAGAUUAGUCAUAUAUAUAUUAAAACAAAAACAAAAACUUAUAAGAUAUUGGGCUCUUGCAUCCGUUCGUCGGCGCGAUGCAUAAUUCAACUUACGCGUAAUGCCACGACGGCCUGUCCUGUUCCUGUACUUGUACAUACGCAACAUGUUUUGUAUAAAAAGAAGAAACUUUGAAAAAAAAAUGCAACUAUUUAGCGACUCAAACGACAACCAAACCAGGCUCCCCUAACGGUAGUAAAGCGCAUCUAUUAUUAGCAGGAGUAGCAGUAUACUCGGUCCUGCCUUUCCAUGGACUGACUGUGGAGGAAACUAUUAGGGUUAGAACCGAUCGUACCAGUGCUUCCACGCGGAUCAAAAAAACGAAAGCAGCAGAAAAUCUAUAGCAAAGAAGUUCAGAAGAAUUCUUUCCUUAGUGUUCGAUUUGCCUCUGUAGUCUUUUUUCUAAACCAACCAAAGAGGACAACCGAUAACGCAGUGUGUGUAAAGCAAGACUAAAUACAAGACGCAUUAAGGGGAAAUUGGUGCCUACCAGUUUCCUUUUUUGCUAGUGAAAAUUCCUAUCUUCCCCUGUCUAUCCCCUAGACUAGCUGGAAACCGCGUGUUGGUACAGGCGCUACAAGAGGUACGGUGUUUUCGUGGCAGGGACUACUAGCACUAACGGAUGGUGGACGGAUGGUGCAUAGAACAUGGAACUGACAACAUCACGCCAACCACCACCAGUCUAUGUAAUUGUAAACUAUUGUAAACUAUCCUCUCACAGAUGGUGGCUGGUGGAGCUUAAAAAUAUAUUUAUUUAUAUUUUCUAUCUGCGGGAUGCUCCGAAAGCUGUUAGGGGCAGAAAAAACACAAAAAAGACAAAGCUGUCGAAGGGGCGAGCUCGGGUGAGAUGGGGCGAGCACUAUUACUAUUACGGUCUGAAACGGGAGUUAGGUAAAGUCGUUUUAUGUUUCUGUACUUUGGUUGCAGUUUCGAACAGAAGUAUCUUAAAAUAAAAAUUUCAUACGCUAAACAACAA